AUGGAACCCUUGAGCAGAUCCGGCGGUACCAGAAAGUGCUUCUACGAGUUCCAGACGCUUGCCGCGUGCUACACGUCGGCGGAGACGCUGUCCAAGCUGCAGUGCCAGCCCCAGUUCGACGACUACUUCGAAUGCUUGCACGGGUACAAGGAACGGGCCCAGGUGAGACUGAUGUUGAAGCAGUUGGACGAAAACAAAGCCCACAACCACGACCACAAGGACCACAAGGACCACACCCACGCCGUCACCGCCGACGAGUUGUACAAGAAGUCCGGCCGGGUGUACGAAAACCUCGACCUCAUCCAAAAGAACUAG